GUAGACGUAUUUUAUCCAUAUUAAAUAAAUAUAAAAAAUUUUAAAAUGGGUACAGAACAUGAUACAAAUAAACCAGAGAUAGAAUUUGAAUUACCACCUAUUUGGCCCGAUAUAGACACUGAAUUAAGGGGAUAUAUAGAAUGUUUGGAUAAUCUUCCAAUGUAUCAUUUAGAUAAUGCCCAAUGUUACUUUCCAAGAAAACCUGAUAUUUUAUCUCUUUUGGAUUGUGAAUUAACAUCACUUAGUACUACAUUAAAAUUUGAUCGUGAUCCUAUUACUGGAAAACUUGGAGAAAUGCAUGAGGUAACUUUAAAGUCAUCAGGGGAAACUUCACAAAAUUCUAUGUCUAUGACUCGUGCACCAUCUUCAUCUAAUAAUGAUGUCAGAGGAAAUAUUAGCAAUCUUCCAUUUUGGCCUGGUGGUUUUGAUGAACCUGAAAUAAUAAUGGAUCAAUCAGUGGAAAAAGUUGACUUUGAAAACAAUUUAAGAACUUUAGCAAAAGGAUUUAGUGCAGGUGUAGAAUUUGAAAGUGACAAUUGUACUCCAAAAGACAAGACAAUGCAGGAACAAGAACAAGAAGAAGAACAAAAACAAGAACAGAAACAAGAACCAUUACAAUCAAUAGAAGAUGAGGUUAAAAAUAUAGGAGAUAUGAUUGAUUUAAUAGCCAUUGUAAAGGAAGAACUAGGUGAAUUUGAUUUUUCAAAGUUAGAUACAGAAGAAGCAACUAAUGUUUCAAAUAUUGAGCAAUCAAUAUUUGAUGAAAUUGUUUCAUUAUCAGAAGAAACAGAUAUUCCCAUUUUAAAAAUUUCGGAAAAAUCCACUGAAACUGCAAAAACUGAAUGGGCAGAAGAAUUAAAUGUUUCUACUCCAAUAACUGAUUUUGAAAAGCGAAUUCCUGAACUAGCAAUGAGUUUUCCAUAUGAAUUAGAUACUUUUCAGAAACAAGCUAUCCUUAAACUAGAAGAAGGCUGUAAUGUAUUUGUUACUGCACAUACAUCGGCUGGAAAAACAGCAGUAGCAGAAUAUGCUAUUGCAUUAAGCCAGAAGCAUAUGACAAAAGUCAUUUAUACAUCCCCUAUAAAGGCACUUUCAAAUCAACAGUAUCGUGAUUUUAAUAAAAAGUUUAAGAAUGUGGGGUUAUUAACAGGAGAUUUACAAAUUAACCAAGAUGCUUCAUGUCUUAUUGUAACAACUGAAAUUUUGCAAUCAAUGUUGUACUGUGCAUCAGAAAUUUUAAGAGACUUAGAAUUUGUUAUAUUUGAUGAAGUGCAUUAUAUCAAUAAUGAUGAGCGUGGUCAUGUUUGGGAAGAAAGUGUUAUACUUCUUCCACAAACAGUUAGAAUAGUAAUGUUGUCUGCAACUGUGCCAAGUCCUUUAGUAUUUGCUGAUUGGGUUGGUCGUACAAAAAAGAAAAAGAUGUAUGUAAUAAGCACUGCAAAACGACCUAUACCACUUCAACAUUAUUUAUACACUGGAACUGAUGGUAGAACUAAGAAUGACAAAUUUUUAGUGAUGAAUGAAAAUGGUCAAUUUUUAUUAGAACAAUGGCAUAAAGCAACAAAUGCAAAAAAUGUUAAAAAAGAACAGAGAAAACAACGUAUGACUUUUCAACAGGAGCGAGUUACGUGGAGUGCACUUAUAAGUCAUUUGAAAACUGAAAACCUGUUACCGGCUGUUGUUUUUAUGUUUUCACGAAGAAGAUGUGGUCAAACUGCUGCAUUAUUAAGAAAUAUUAAUCUCACAACCGAGUCUGAAAAGCAUACCAUUCGAGUUUUUUUCCAAAACAGUAUUCGGCACUUAAAAGGCACUGAUAGACAAUUACCACAGGUUGUUAUGAUGCAACAAUUAUUAGUAAAUGGAGUUGGCAUUCAUCACAGUGGUAUAUUACCUAUUUUGAAAGAAAUAGUAGAAAUGCUUUUCCAAAGUGGUGUUGUAAAAUUAUUACUUGCAACAGAAACAUUUGCAAUGGGUUUAAAUAUGCCAGCACGUACUGUAAUUUUCGAUUCUAUACAGAAACAUGACGGUAAUACUUACCGGAUACUUUCUUCUUCUGAAUAUAUACAAAUGUCUGGUCGAGCUGGUCGUAGAGGUCAUGAAAAAGUUGGAGUAGUUCUAAUCCUGUGUCCAAUAUCAGUACCACACCAUGAUAAGUUAAAAAGUAUGAUGUGUGGACGAGUUCGAAACUUAGAAUCUAAAUUUAAAGUAACGUAUUCUAUGGUUUUAAAUCUAAGAAGAUUAAAUGAAUCAGUAUCAGUUGAAGCAAUGAUGCGAAGAUCUUUUAAAGAAUCACCUGUAGUUAAAAACCAAAAUCUUUACAGAAUAGAACUACAAGAAGUGGAAAAUGAACUAUCGAAAUUGCCACCUUUAACCGACUUUCAGGAAAAACUAUCUCAGUUUUAUCGAGCGGCUGUUGACUACCUAGAAUAUGUUAAGUAUUUUAAACCCCGUUAUUUUGAAACACAAAAGCAUAUAGCAAAGUGUUUAGUACCUGGUUGGGUAUUGCUUAUAUCAUAUAGAAGUCAUUAUAACAAAUUAGCUAUUUUAUUGGACACUGUGCAAAGUAAAAAUAUUAAGCAGUACAGAGUAUUAGUUCUUAAAAAUUCUGAUACACCUAAGGCUGCUGAAGAAAUACUAACGAAAGAAGCAAGUAAUAAAAGACUCGAGAAAUGGCAUGAUAUUAUGGCUUUAACGAAAAAAGAAAUAUUUGUACCAGUUGGAGUUCCAUCAUAUGAAAUGCUGACUAUAGCAGCAUGGAAUAUAUUAGAAAUAACACAAUUUAGAAUUCAGGUGGAUUGCGCCUCGGUUCUCAGAAGUUGCGAAAUGAGACAAUUACCAAGAUUUAAGAAGGAACCUCUUAACCAGGCUUGUGAAAGAGUUGUGCAAGAAUUAAUGACACUAUCUCUUAAUGCGUCUCGUAAUUUAUCUAAGUUGAAAUCGUUUGUGCAGCUGAGCGUAAAUAAUAAAGUCUGUACAGAAUUGCAGCAUUUAUUUGAUUUAAAGAAAGCUGUUAAUGAUAUAAAGUGGACAGAGAUAUUAAAUUUUGAAGAGCAAUUUGAAAUUAUACAUGAACGAUAUGAAUUGGAGAAUAAGAGAAAUAAACUACGAUUGAAAACUAGCGAUGAAGAAUUAAGUUUAUACCCUGAAUACAUAAAUGCUGUUGCAUUUCUUAAACAUUUAGGAUACAUAGAUAGUGAUGAAAGAGUUGCAUUAAAAGGUCGGGUUGCUCUACAAAUGGGAAAGAACGGACUGUUAAUUACAGAGCUCAUUCUUAGAAAUAUAUUAACUGUACUCGAACCAGCUGAAAUAGCAGCAUUAUUGUCGGCUUUAGUGUUCCAACAACGUACGUCUGUUGAACCAAAUUUAACACCAUACUUAAAAGAGAAUUGUAAAAUAAUAAACGACGUAAAUACUGAAUUAGAAGCUUUAGAACAGUCUUAUGAGUUAGAAACACUGCAACCGCUGAAUUUUGGUUUAGUAGAAGUGGUUUAUGAUUGGGCACAAGCGAAAUCAUUUGCCGAAAUUAUGGAGAAAACAGAUGUACAAGAAGGUAUUAUUGUACGAUGUAUUCAACAAUUAAGUGAAACAUUACGAGAUGUAAAAAAUGCAGCUGUUAUUAUCGGUGAUCCUGUUUUAAAGGAAAAAAUGGAAGAAGCUUCUACUAUCAUUAAAAGGGAUAUAGUCUUUGCCGCAUCUUUGUAUACUCAAACUUAA